AUGUCGAAUUCCAGUCAUACAUGCGCCGAGCCGCCUGGAGGCUCUCGUGUUAUGGAUACUCCCGCAGCACUGUUUGCAUCCGUAGCAAACUUCUCUGCCAGUUCGUCCCCAAACCACCGUCACUUCGUUCAGGGCCAAACUACUGUGGUAUACCAAGCAGGUCUGGAUACCCAGGUUCUACCUGAUUUCGACCGUACUAUUGCGGUCUCGACACCGUUACAGGCCCAGAAAAGCAAACAAGAGAGCGAAGAGAUAGCCCGCGUCGUCACCAGCAGUCCAGUCGCGCUUGCACAUGCUUUUAUCCUUCAAAUUGUCGAGUCUCUAGCCGACUGGCUCGGUGUGAGCUGGCGUCAAGCUCACUCUGAAGCCCACGGGACUUUGUCUGGAAUCGACCGCUAUCGCUGCGCGUGUCGCCCAGCCGGACCCGAGUACGGCGGAGCUCAUCCCCAGCUCGCGGUUCGCGCCUCCCAGCUGGCGGAUCUUUGCUAUAAU